AAUUUUUCUUUCCCUCUUUUAAAAACCUUAGUCACCAAGAAAUUAAAAGAGCAUCAUCACCUUUGAAGCUAAACGUGUUGUUGUUGUGACUGUGAAGAAGAAGAAGAACAACAUCAACAUCCCCGGCACACACAUACAAGCAUCAUUAUUUUCUCUUCCUCCGAGAACCACACAAAAAAAAAUGCUUGAUCCACGAAGAGACCAACCCACAAUUUCUUUUCCAUUGUCCAAUGAAAUAGGACACAUAACUCAUGGUUAUGACACAUGGGGUGCCACAAAUACUGAUUUUAUGGCAUCAAAGAAACGGCCAAAAAAUUAUAAAAUUUGCCACAGCUACAAUAACGACAUGGAAGUGCAAUUGGGAACAGGAUCAAAGGUGGAUGAUGAUGAAUCUGGUAUUUGUUCACCUCCUCUUUGGACUACAAGCCCACCAAAGAGUCCUCAUCAGUGCAAAAACCACUAUAGGUGCCUUUCUCCUGCGUCCAAGACUCAAGCUAUUGCAAGAGGCCAAAGGGAACUCAUGGAAAUGGUUAAGAGCAUGCCUGAGUCAAGCUACGAGCUUUCUCUCAAAGAUCUUGUGGAACACCCUAGAGUUGAAGUUGCACAAGAGAAAGGAGCAGAGGAGAGGAAAAACUUGGGUGACAAAAAUGUGGAUAGUAGAAAAAAGGUUGAUAUGAAUAUUAAGAAGGGUCAAGUGAAGAGAAGUGGGAACAUUGAUAGUGGAGGGUUUUAUCUCAAAAUGGUCUUUCCAAUUUCUUUGGGAUCUAAGAAGAAGACUAAAAAUGAGUCCUUAGUGAAUAGUGGUUCUAACAAGGUGUCUCCUAGAACUUCGGUUUCUGAUCAUGGAUCUAAGAGCCUUGAUAAGGAGUGGUGGAAGAAGAAGAGCCUUUCUGGUUCUGGUGGAGAGAGUGAUAGUGGUGUGUCGAGCAUUAAUAGUGGAAGCAUGAAAAGUUCUGGUAGCAACAACAGUAGUAGCAGUAGCAGAAGUAAUAGCAGGCAUGAAGUGAAUGUUAGUAGUUGCUGGCCUUUCAUACGAAGACCCGAAAGCUUAUCACCAAAUUAGGCGUUGGCACUGUUGAUCAAGAGUAUAUGAAGAUUACAUAUGUUCAAUUAUACUUUUCUUGGUUUUUAUUAGACAUGACAAGGCACAUAAAAGUUAGUAUGUAAUGCAACGAGUGUGUUUAUGUAUAUUAAUUUUCCCAGAGAAAUUUUAACGAAGUAUCUUCUAUUUUAUGCUUUCUCGAUUUAAAGAAGAACACAUAUGGCAUGGAUC